AUGGCCAAGACUGCCACCCACAAGCAAGUCACCAAGUCCUCUUCUGCCCGAAGUACUCCCAGCAAGACCUCGAAUCCCAGCAGCGGCAGCAUCGACAGGGACCUCCUCUUUCUCUGGUCUUGUUGCCAAAGUGCAAGCAUGCGGAUUGACUUUCCUGCCGUUGCUCAAGUCCUUGGCAUCAAACCCAAUGCCGCUCGCAUGCGCUUCGCGCGUCUGAAGACCAAGUUGGAUGCCAUGGAGGAGGAGCAGAAGCGCACCGUCAAGACCGAACCUGAGGACAACAACCAGCCUGAGGGCGCGAGUGCCGAGCAGGACAAGGUGAAAGAGGAGUCUGAGGACGCUGAAGUCGCUCAAUUCUGA